GGCAGAUGUGAGGAAGUGAAUAAAACUGACUUUCGUUUCCUUCGUGAAAAUUGUAUUUAUACCUGCAGCAAGUACUGAAGAAAGAGGAACUAACAGCAGCAGAAACCAAAAGUAUCACUGGGACAGACACACAGAGGGGCUGCGAGUGUUUCUGACACUCAGGUGGUCCAAACUUUUCGUUUUUGUGCCUGCGAGAGACAUGAUGGAGGCGUCUGAUCAAGAAGAUUUGAUUGAGCAGCAUGUAGCGCCUCCUAAUGGAGCCAUUAAUGAAAUGCUGAAUGUGGGAGACGGAGACAACAUGCAGGGAGAGAUGGAGGAGUUUCUGGGCCCACAGGCAGAGUACAACGAGGAGGAGGAGGAGCGGAAGUACUACAGGAGGAAGAGGCUGGGAGUCAUCAAAAACGUCAUUGCAGCCAGUGUUGGAGCCAUGAUUGUGUACAGUGUUUACAUGGGCCUGCUGCAGAUGCAGCUGAUCCUCCACUAUGACAUGACGUACCGCGAGGUGAAGUACAGUAACCUCGGCCUGCAGGAUAUAGACCGCAAGAUGCUGAUGGGCAUCAACGUCACACCCAUCAUCGGCCUGCUGUACACCCCCGUCCUCAUCAGGUUUCUAGGUACUAAGUGGAUGAUGUUUCUGGCUUCAGGAAUCUAUGCGCUCUUUGUGUCAACUAACUACUGGGAGAGGUACUACACCCUGGUUCCAUCAGCCGUAGCCAUCGGCGUGGCCAUUGUGCCGCUCUGGGCCUCCCUGGGGAAUUACAUUACAAGGAUGGCGCAGCAGUACUACGAGUACGUCAACUACAGGGAAGAACACGUACAGGAGCAGAAGAAGCUUCCUAAGGGAGCGUGCCACAAAUACAUCAUUAUCUUCCAGUCUGUCUUCAACAUCAUCUUCCAUCUGAGUUUUGUCUUCGCUGAGUUCCCCAUGCGAUUCGUCCUACAUGAUUACCUGCGGGACAGCAAGCAUGUUCUCUUUAACGUCAACUCCUGCGGAGCAAACAUCAGCGGAGUGAUCCCCGGCUUCAACACCACCGUGCUCACCAACCUGCCUCGCUCCAUGCUGCUCAUCCAGGUGGAGAGCGUCCUCAUGGGCUUCGCCUUCCUCUCCAUGAUCAUCUUCCUGGUGCUGUGCGGCGCUGCCUACCGGCCCACAGAAGAGAUCGACCUCCGCAGCAUCGGCUGGGGAAACAUCUUCCAGCUGCCGUUCAAACACCUGAGAGACUACCGCCUGCGGCUGCUCUGCCCCUUCUUCAUCUACAGCGGCUUUGAAGUGCUGUUUGCCGUCAGCGGAUUCUCUCUGUCCUAUGGCGUCUGUAUUUUGGGCCUGAAACAGCUGUGGCUCCUCAUAGUCGUCUAUGGGCUCUCCUGCUCCAUCUUCUCCUCCCUGUCCCUUUGCCUCCUGCGCCUCCCUCGCUGGGUGUGUCUGGUUGCAGGAGCUGCUGUGCACGCGGUGCUCCUGGUGGCUCUUCUUUCAUAUUCGUAUUCUGCAAAUCCAGACAAAAGUCUCCGUAACGACACAGAGCAGUAUCUGGGCCCUCUCCUGCUGGUCUCAGUGCUGUGGGGACUCGGCACCGCUCUGAACAAGACUGGCGUCAGCACUCUGCUAGGGAUGCUGUACGCUGAGGAAAAAGAGCGUCUGGACUUCGUCUACACCAUCUAUCACUGGUGGCAGGCCAUCGCCAUCUUCAUCGUCUACCUCUGGUCCAACAUGCCCAUGAGGGCCAAACUCUCCAUCCUGUUGUUCACCCUGUUACUGGCCUGUUAUUGUUACUGGCUGAUGGAGCGUCGACUGGCAAAGAAAGUUCCCUUCAGACUGCCUCGCAUCCCCCGACCACGCCACAAGGUCAAAGGUUACCGCUACCUGGAAGAGGACAACUCUGAUGAGUCAGACUUUGAUGGAAGUGAGGAGGAUGAUGACGAGGAUGACGGGGAGGAGGAGAGAGAGGAUGAAGAACCUGUGGCGGAGGAGAGGGGAGCAGAGGGCCGGAGGGAGGAAGGAGGCCAGGGAGCUGAGUCACCCCGAGCCAGGAGGAGAGGGGCCGAGAGGGGCCCCCGCCGCAGACGGGAGGAGGAGGAGAAGGUGGAGGAGGAGCGGGAGGGAGGCUGAGAGAGGAGGAGAAAAAGGAGGGAGGAGAGAGAGGAGGAGAAACAGGAAGGAGGAGAGGAGAUGGAGGACAGAUGGAGAGGAGUCAGAGAUCAUGACAUGACAUGAUAUUUAUACUUCCCUUUAUGCUGCACUCGUACUUCAAACAUUUUCUGAUAUAAGUUUCAUUAUGAAGCUCUAGUUGUUUUCCAAAAGGUACAAAAAUCUAUAAAUAAUACUUUUGUUUUUCUCUUGUGCUAAGGAGUUAAAUGUAAUCACGGUUCUUAAAAGGUAGCACACACUGUUUAACUCAUGGGUCUCAAACAAUUGUGGCCCUCGUGACGCUAUUUUGUGGCCCCCACCUUGAUAUGAAAGUUUCAUGUGAGUUUUAUAUGAAUGGCACUUUAGUGUGUUGUGUGUGGAAGGUCCCUGUAAUUACUUUUUGUGUUGAAAUUUUGUGUCUUUUUUGGGUCAUUUUGUCUUUUUUUAAAUAAUUUUGUGUCUUUUUUUAAACAGUAAUUUUGUGUCUAUUUUGGGUAAUUUUGUCUUUUUUUUUUUUAAAUAAUAAUUUUGUGUCAUUUUUGGUAAUUCUGUGUCUUUUUUGGUCAUUUUGUUUCUUUUUUGUUAAUUUUGUGUCUUUUUAAAAUAAUUUUGUGUCUCUUUUAAAAUAAUUUUGUGUCUUUUUUUGGUCAUUUUGUCUUUUUUUUUUAGUAAUUUUGUGUCUUUUUUAAGUAAUUUGUGUCUUUUUUUGGUCAUUUUGAUACUGCCUCCAGUGGCCCCCAGGUAAUUUGAGUUUAAGACCCCUGGUUUAACCCACGUAAGGCAGGAAAGCAUUAUCGCAUUUCUACUAUUAAAACCGGGGGUGCUGUUGCAUUAUUCUACCAUUUUCUACCAAAACCUUCAUUUUGUAGUAUUUGUAGUUUUUUCCACCUAUUUUUGGUCUCUUGGCCAAUGAAAUGCAUCAGAAUACAUGUGGGAGUGUCGCAAUGCAACAUUGGACUUUCCCACUUAUGAGAAGCAUUUUCUGGUAUAAGCUUUCAUUAGAAAGCUUUAAUUGUUUAACCAGUCAGCGUUCCUUGACCCAUAUAUGGGACAUGGAGGUGUUACUACACUGUUGGAGGUGUUACUACACUGGUACGCUUAUGUACAAAAAUGUGUUUUUCAGCUAAAAAGUCCCAGCUAUAAAGAUCUGCAGAACUGUAAUAAAAAAAUAUUCAGGUGGACAAUAAAAAACUAUUUUUUCA